GGUUUCACUUCAAAAGAUAGUCCCAAAACCCAACAAGCACUUGUGUGCACUAAACUAACACCAUUUUUCAUUUCAUUUAUUCACUCCUUGCAUCCACUUCUCACUGGUAAGUACAAUUAUCUUAAACCCAAAUCCUCUUCCUACCUCGUCUUCAUCGACACAUAGAUCGAUAAUUUUUUAGUAUACAAUUAUUUUUCUCUUUUGCUUUACUUUCACUAUUAGUUUAGAUUUAGAUUUGGGAUUAGAAAAUUAUUGUGUGUGAAAAUUGAGUGAGGGAAAGAAAAUUAUGGGGAAAUCAGGUGGUAGAAGAAAGAAGGGUGGUGCUGUUGUUGACAAUUCAGCUUCUGUCCAAACACCAAAUGGUGGGGUUGAAUUGGAUUCAUCAAUUUUCUUGAAGAAGGCACAUGAAAUGAAAGAAGAAGGGAAUAGAAGAUUUCAGAGUAAGGAUUAUGCUGGUGCUCUUGAAAACUAUGAGAAUGCUCUGAAACUCACGCCCAAAACUCAUCCUGAUAGGGCUGUUUUUCACAGCAAUAGGGCUGCUUGUAUGAUGCAAAUGAAACCUAUUGAUUAUGAAUCUGUGAUUUCUGAGUGUACUUUGGCUCUUCAGGUUCAGCCGCAAUUUGUCCGGGCUUUGCUUCGUAGGGCUCGGGCGUUUGAGGCUGUUGGUAAGUAUGAAUUGGCUGUUCAAGACGUGCAGUUGUUAUUGGCUUCUGAUCCCAAUCAUAAGGAUGCUUUGGAUAUUGCUCAGAGAUUGAGGGCUGCUUUUGGGCCUCGUCAGGAAGCACAGCAGGAUCUCCACAGUCGGCCUUCGCCUGCUGCGUUAGGUGCUUCUGCUGUCCGUGGUGCUCCUAUUGCUGGAUUAGGUCCGUGUUUGCCAGCACGGCCUGCGUCGAAGAAGGGGGUGAAUUCUGCCGUUGGGUCAGUUGUUUCUCCUAAUAACAAGGUUGACAAGUCUCAAAAUGUUUUGCUGCCAACUGAAAAUGGUCUAGAGAACAAGACCCAGAUGCCGAAAGUUGUGUUGAAGCCUUUUAAUAAUGGUCCUGUUGUGCAAUCCAACUCGAAAAAUGAGAGCCAGAAGGAUAGGAAUCUGUCGGAGGUUGCUAUUAGGUGGAGACCAUUGAAGCUUGUUUAUGAUCAUGACAUCAGGCUUGCUCAGAUGCCGGCGAACUGCAGUUUCAGAGUACUUAGAGAUGUGGUAAGCAAAAGAUUUCCUUCUUCAAAUUCAGUUCUGAUCAAGUACAAGGAUUGUGAUGGUGAUUUGGUUACUAUAACAUCUACUGAUGAACUCAGAUUGGCUGAGUCCUUUGUGGAUAGCAAUCUGCUGAAAGAACUCGAAUCAGAUAAAAGUGAUUCUAUUUCGGUGCUGAGACUACAUAUUGUUGAAGUUAGUCCGGAGCAGGAGCCACCUUUGUUGGAAGAAGAGGAAGAAAAACUUGUUGAGAAUGAAGUGACCAAGGGAGAUGAAAGUGGAUCUCAUUCUUCCCUCGGUGACUUUGUCCCUGAAGUUACAGAAGUCACUGAAGUUCCUGACACCGAGGUUGAUAAGAUAAUAACAAAGAAGGAUGUUUCAAAGGAAAAGCCAGGAGCAACGGGAGAUAAUGAAUGCAAAGAAGUGGAGAUGGAUGACUGGCUCUUUGAAUUUGCUCAGCUUUUCCGCUCACACGUUGGUAUUGACCCUGAUGCUCAUAUCGACUUGCAUGAGCUUGGGAUGGAGCUAUGUUCAGAGGCACUUGAAGAAACAGUGACAAGUGAGGAGGCUCAGGAUUUAUUUGAUAAGGCUGCUUCAAAGUUUCAGGAGGUGGCAGCAUUGGCAUUCUUCAACUGGGGUAAUGUUCACAUGUGCGCUGCUAGGAAGCGAAUUCCCCUAGAUGAGUCUGCUGGUAAAGAUGUAGUGGCAGAACAACUUCAAGUGGCUUAUGACUGGGUCAAGGAAAAGUAUUCUUUGGCACGAGAGAAGUAUGAGGAAGCACUCUUGAUCAAACCUGAUUUCUAUGAGGGACUGUUGGCUCUGGGCCAACAACAAUUUGAAAUGGCCAAGCUCCAUUGGUCUUUUGCAAUUGCUAAGAAGAUAGACCUAUCAACAUGGGAUUCAACGGAAACUCUUCAAUUGUUUAACAGUGCUGAGGAGAAGAUGAAAUCUGCGACUGAUAUGUGGGAGAAGUUGGAGGAACAGAGGGCAAAGGAACUGAAGGACCCAACUGCAACAAAGAAAGAAGAAUUGUUGAGAAGAAGAAAGAAACAGGGAAGUGCUACUGAAGGCGAGUCUUCUGUUGUUGGAGGUCAGGGUGAGAUAUCUGCUGAAGAAGCUGCUGAGCAAGCAGUGGUCAUGAGAUCACAAAUUCAUCUUUUUUGGGGUAACAUGCUUUUCGAAAAAUCCCAAGUGGAAUGCAAAUUAGGAAUGGAUGGUUGGAAGAAAAAUCUGGAUGCUGCAACAGAACGCUUUAAGCUUGCAGGAGCUUCUGAGGCAGAUAUUUUGAUGGUUCUAAAGAAUCACAGCUCAAACGGUGAUACAAAAGGUGAUGAUAAAAAGGUCCAAAGUCCACUUUCCAACAAGACCGAUGAACUAGAGAUCAACAAGGAGGCCAAUCAAGUAUGAGAUAAAUUAUAUGCGUGGCUAUGAAAUCUCAUUUGUUUCUGUUCAGUCGUGUUUUCAAUGAAGACUAUGGACAAGGAAUAUCCUUGGCAUCAAGAGCUCAAAAGGAAUGUUUGAAUUUUUUGAAAAUUGGAAUUGAAAAUUUAGGGAACUUUAACUAGAUAGCUCUCUGCCUGCCCUUUUUUUCUUUUCUUUUUUCUCUGAAGUUCUUGGUGAUCUGAUGAAGGGAGAUUGUUUUUUAACAUUAUUUACACAGUUAUGAAUUUCUGAUGCUCAAUUUCAGUUGCUUAGUCAUUUUUGUCUUCUACUUGUUCUUUGUAGUUUGUACUGUUGCAAUUUAUUGAGAAUUACUUUUUCAACUCUUA